UUCACAACGAAGAAUCCCUUUAAUCCCACAAGAUCCAAACUUUAGUGCUUAAUCUCCCUUCCACUCUCUCCAUUCUUUUCCCAAAUCAUUCAAAGAUCCAAUCUUUCUCCGAAAAUGACGUCAACCACCACAACUUACGGCACCAUCACGUCCGCCCCAACCCUCAUUUCCUCACACGCCAAACACACGCGCCGCCCAUGGUCGGAACUCUUCUCCCUCUCCUCUUUCGCCCUCCCUAACUCCGCCGCCGAUGCCAAAGACCGUAUAAAGCUUAAUGUCUCCUACUUCCGGGUGAAUUACGUUAUUACAGCGCUAACGAUCCUCUUCUUGACUCUCCUUUGGCACCCCACUUCGAUGAUAGUUUUUCUGAUAACUUUCAUUUUCUGGUGGUUUUUGUACCUCUUUAAUGACAACCCAGUAGUUAUUUUCAACAGAACAGUGGAUGAUACUGUUGUAUUGGGGGCUUUGAGUUUCGCUACUCUGCUUUUAUUGGUUGUCACGCAUGUGGGUGUUAAUGUGCUAGUUGGGUUGAUUAUUGCUGUGGUUGUUAUUAGUGUUCAUGCUGCCUUUAGAGGAACUGAAGAUUUGGGUUCCCCUGGUGAAGAGGAGGAAAAUGGGUUGCUUUCUGUUGUUGGAAGUCAGCCUUUGAGGCCAACUUCUGGAUAUAAUAGGAUCUGAUUCCAUCUUUUUGGUGUCGAAUUGUUUCGAAAGUUGUUUUAUAGGUGUUGAUUCAAGUGGGGUUUAGCUUUAAGGUUGUGGAAAUUGGAGUGGAGGAUUUGGUUGUUUCAUUUUUGUUAAAUGAUCCUUUUAGUGGUUGGGCUUUUGGUUGAUGUCUGCCUUGUGGUUUAGGUGCUAUUAGUUUAAUCUUCGAGGUCGAUAGUGUUCGAGUUCUUACUUGUUCCAUGCAUGAAUUCAUCCUUGUGGUUUAGGUGUUUUUAGGUUUGGCAUUGGUGUGGAAGUUGGUGGUUUCUUGGGGUUUUGCUUUGAAUUGUGUCAUGGGGAUUGAAGGCUGUCUUUUGGUCCUGGUGUUUCUCAUUUCUCCUUUUAGUGGUUAGUAUUUGUGGCAUGAGUUGUUUCAUUCAUGAAAUGAUCCCUUUGAUCAUUCUUCAUUCGGAGUUUUCAGUUGACACUCGGGUUAGAAGUGGAUAUAACAACUUCUGUACUUUUGAUUGAAGCUUGAAAGAGGUGAGAUCUUGCGGCUUAAUAGUUUGUAUAUCCUGGAAAUAUAGGUGAAGGUGUGGCUGCCUGCUUGUUUGAUGGUAAUGUUGGUUGUGUCUUCUGGCCAAUUAACAUGACUGUUAAAUGAAAUCUCGUCGGUCGGUGUGGAUAGGGAUGAUGAUGAUGAUGAAGCUGUUGCAAUUGCUGAC